AUGACCUAUCGCUCUAGUACUGCUCCUACUCCCCCGCCUUCGGAUGACGAAGUUAAAGCCCCAGGAAACAUUAGCACGAGGGAGCGAGUUUUCGGACGUAUUGCACGGAGCAUGGCUAGCCUCGUCAAAUACACGGCCGUGGCUAGCGUAGGUUGCACUGUCGCCGUCAUUGCCGCACGAGACUACCCCACAGUCUACAGCGGAAAUGUGCUGGAGAAGCUCAUACGACCUGGAGUAGGAUCGGCGGCUAGGAUAGCCAUUACCCCUGCAUUCCUUGUAGGAUGGUCAAUGACCAUGCUGGGAGCGUCGCUUCGCCUCUGGUGUUUCCGCACACUGGAUCGAUUCUUCACCUUCGAGGUCACAUUGAAGGAGGGACAUCAGCUUUGCACCGGGGGGCCGUACUCCUUAGUACGCCACCCAUCCUACACGGGUUGGAUCAUGCAGAGCAUCGGGCUCGUAGUCUGGAACGGAGGCGCUGGGUCUUGGGCGAGGGAGUCCGGGUUGCUCGACACUGUUCCCGGGCAGUUUGCAGCCUGUGUAUUCGUGGUGCUGGAGGCGUACAUGUGUAUGAGCAUGGUGCAUAGGUGUACCCAAGAAGAUAUGCUCAUGAAGAGUCAGUUCGGAGACGGGUGGCUUGUUUGGGUACAAAGGGUCCCCUAUCGUCUUCUCCCUUAUGUAUUCUAG